AUGGCUUCAAAUCCACCAAACAAGCUGCCUGAGUCCGGCAAAGACACCUCCGAUAACACAUACAUGAAUCGUAAUAGCAGCGCAACGCACGUCGACCCAAGCUUUGACGAGAAACAACAGCAACCACUUGGAAAGGAACCAAACCAUGCAGGAGGUUUCUUCAGAGAUGGUCCGGGACGGGACGAGGAAUCAGAAGGCACAGCUACCCAUGAAAACGUUACCUCUAAGAGCAACCAACCACAGUACACUCCGGACGGCAAGCGUAUAAUAACGGAGGAUGAGUGUUACCAUCUACUUGGCUACUCGUGGCCGACGUGGAAAAAGUGGAUGCUUCUUUCAUCCAUCUUUUGCGUACAAGUAUCGAUGAACUUCAACACCAGCGUGUUUCCUAGCGCAGUUACUCCAAUUGCCGAGCACUUUCAUGUGAGUGAACAAGCCGCUCGUGUCGGACAGUGCGUUUUCCUUGUUCUAUACGCAUUUGGCUGCGAGCUCUGGGCUCCCUGGAGUGAAGAGUUUGGGCGUUGGAAGAUUUUGCAGUGUUCUCUGUUUCUGGUCAACAUUUGGCAGAUCUUGGCUGCAUUGGCCCCCAAUUUUGGCACUAUCAUCGUUGCUAGAGCCUUGGGCGGUCUCAGCUCAGCUGGAGGUAGUGUUACCCUCGGUAUGGUAGCAGAUCUCUAUCAGCCCGAAGAGCAACAAUGGGCGGUUCUCUUUGUUGUUCUCUCCUCAGUCUUUGGAACUUCAGUUGGUCCUGUUGUUGGUGGUCCUAUUCAGAAAUUCCUUCCAUGGUAUUGGAACUUUUGGAUCCAGCUCAUCUUUGGUGCUGCUGUUCAGGCCAUUCACUUCUUCAUGCCUGAGAGUCGUUCUACGAUCUUGAUGGACAGAGAAGCCAAGCGCCAACGCAAGGCCGGAAUCGAUACUAAUGUCUACGGUCCCGACGAAGUCAAGAAGCCCCGCCUGUCUGCACACGAGUUUGCCAUCACCUGGCUGCGUCCUUUCGAGAUGUUCCUCCGCGAACCUAUUGUUCUCUCAUGCUCCCUUCUUUCCGGCUUUUCAGAUGCUCUCAUCUUCACAUUUCAGGAAGGAUUCACACCUGUGUUUAACAAGUGGGGUUUCGGGACUCUUCAGAAGGCAUGGGCAUUCAUCCCUAUCAAUAUCGGUUACGUUAUUGCAUACCUAUCUUACGUCCCUUGGAUCAUCAGAGAUCACCGAAUUACCAGGGCCAAGGGUCCUGAGGCUCUUGCACCUGAAGCAAGACUGAGAUGGCUGCUUUACCUUGCACCGCUUGAGACAAUCGGCCUUUUUGGAUUUGCUUGGACAUCUAUGGGGCCACCCGAAUCUCAUUGGAUUGCACCAAUGAUCUUCUCAUGCCUCAUUGCUAUUGCCAAUUUUGCUAUCUAUAUGAGCACCGUGGAUUAUAUGAUUGCAGCCUACGGUCCAUAUUCAGCGUCAGCUACCGGUGGCAAUGGUUUCGCCCGUGACCUUUUGGCAGGCAUCGCCGCGAUGUACUCCACUCCGCUUUAUGAGAACAUUGGCGACUCUCGCCAUACUGAAUAUGCCAGUACUGUCCUCGCCUGCCUCGCUCUCGUGGUUACAAUUCCUGUAUAUCUCAUCUACUGGAAGGGGCCUGUUAUUCGAGAAAAGUCUAAGUUUGCUCAGUCACUUGAUGCAGACAGGCGUGCCAAGGGUGGGCGCCGAGUGGUCGAAGUCCCUGAGGAACAACUUGAGCCCAAGAACCUAUAG